AAGGGCGCGGGUUUGACAGGGCGGCCAAGUCCGAUGGGCGUCAUCGACGACGAAUAAGAACAGGGCUCUUCGCAACAAAUUAUUUUCUCAACGCAAUCAUCUUGUUCACGCACAUCCCUAGCAAGCUUCUUGGAAGCGCACUGGCAGGACAGACACACCCAACAUGGCGACCGAAACGCUAACGAUGGCUCCGGCCGUGGUCCUCGGGUCCAAGACGACGGCGUACGAGCUCGAAUCCCACGCGGGCGCCACCGACACCGACGGCGCCGGGAGCGUCCUGACACAACACGGCCGCCGCCUGGCCGUGGGGCAACAGCAACAGAAUGCGAGCGACGACAGCGACCGCGACCCGGUGCUCGAGGCGUCGCGGCUGGCCGACAGCGAGGUGCCCGACGGCGGGUACGGCUGGGUCGUGAUCGGCUGCUCGGCCGUGGCCAGCAUGUGGUACACGGGCACCCCUUACAGCUGGGGCAUCAUCCAGGCCGACCUGGUCCGGCGCGGCCUCUCGACGCCCGCGACCCUGUCCUUUGUCGGCUCGCUCGCGCCCACCCUCAUGGCCGUCCUGGGCGUCGCGACGGCCCGCCUGCUCGGCGUCCUGGGCGUGCGCCGCACCGCGCUGCUGGGCAUCUUCACGCUCGGGCUCAGCGCGCUGCUGAGCGGCUUCGCCGUCGACAGCGUGCCGGGGCUCUUCUUCACGGCCGGCGUCGUCCAGGGCGUCGCCAUGAGCCUGUGCUUCCUGUCGUGCGGCGUCGUGCCGGCGCAGUACUUUAGCCGCAAGCGCGGCCUGGCCAACGGCAUCGUCUACAGCGGCGGCGGCAUCGGAGGUGCCGUCAUCAGCUUGGGCCUCGACUCGCUGCUGCAGCGCGUCGGCCCCGCGUGGACUUUUCGGAUCCUGGGGCUGGCCGUCCUGUCGACCGGGUUGCCAGCGGCGUGGUUCAUUAAGGAGCGGGUGCCGAUUACCCACCGGGUCAAGUUUAUCGACUGGCGCCUCUUCAAGGACUUCAACUUCUUCCUCAUCUUCCUGGCCAGCGGCAUCGCCGUCUUCCCGGUCCUGGUGCCCCCCUUCUUCACCCCAAUGUACGCGCAGGCCAUGGGCCACUCGUCCAGCGUGGGCGCGGGCCUGGUCGCGGGCUUCAACUUCUCGUCGGCCGUGGGCCGCAUCGGCACGGGCCUCCUGUGCGACCGGCUUGGGGCGCUCAACGCGCUCAUCAUCUCGACGGCCGUCAACGCGGCCAGCAUGCUGGCGCUGUGGCCGGCCUCGACCAGCCUGCCGCCGCUGGCGGUAUUCGUGGUCGUCAACGGCCUCUCCAACGGCGGCUUCUUCGCCGCCAUGCCCACCGUCAUGGGCAACACGUUCGGGUCCGCCCGCGUCGCCAUCGCCAUGGGCAUGGUCGUCACGGGCUGGGGCGGCGGCUACCUCAUGGGCGCCCCCAUCGCCGGCUACCUGCUCGCGGCCUACGGCGGCGCCGACAACGGCCUGCAGGCGUACCGGCCCGCCAUGUUUUACGCCGGGUCGCUAGCGCUCGCGUCGACGGCGCUGGCGGCGCUGAUGCGGUUUCGGAUAAACAAGUCGCCAUGGGCGAAGCUGUAGCGGCGUCGGGCGGGUGUCCGGGGCUCCAAAAUGGGGAUGCAAUUCGAAUUUCUAUAGAUGUCUCUUUUGUCAGAAUUUGCUGCUGCCCCCGUCCCACGCUCAGCUCGGAGAUAACGGACCAGGUGCACUGUGACUUUCUACUAUUCGUUUGUGCACGAAAUUGGAGCGCAUAUACGUUCUUAGCUCCCUUUGGCCGCUCAAUCGAGAUUAGAGGCUAGGCAGCACAUGUGUCGGCUUGCAGGCAGCUUACAGCCAGGAGGUAGCCUUGACGUGAAGCUCGGCUUCCAGCUCGGUGCUCGCAAAAUAUCUCCGCCCACACUCUUAGCUGGUCAAUGUCUCCUGACGCAACGUGAUCAGCAUAUAUUUAG